AUGGGUCUUCAUCCCCCCAGACAACCAAACAGUAUCGAUUGGUCGAUCGAUCGAUCGAUAGUGGUGAAUCGACAUCAGCGCCGCCGUCUAGACCGACUACUAACGGCCGACCGGUUGGCAGAGGCCGCUGCUGAAUGGUGCAGCGGAAGUGCGUGGUGCCGUUUUUUUAUCCGCCCGUCGCCGUCUUGUUCGUUCGUUCGGCAAGAAAUCUUUGUUGCAUUAUGUGUGUCGUGUGUGGCAGCGGUGUUGCGAAGCUCAACUGCGAUGAACGACGUGGCGAUUGGAUAUCGAUCGGUGAACCAAGCCUUGUCCCCUGUCUUACUGCGCAUACGGAAUGGUUGUGAACAGUGGUCACUCACUGGUCACUCGAUUGGCAAUGGGCCAGUCAGCUGCAGUGGACAGCGACUGUGUGCCCUCCCCGCAUGUCUGCCUGGUCGCCUGCUCUUUCCCUGA